AUGUCGCUCGUUAUGGCCGUGCCACAUGCCUUUUCUGUUAGUGAUUUUGGAGAUAUUCCCACUGUCCUUGUCUCAGCAUUGAGCUUUAUCCUCGUAUCUGUUUGGAUCAAGACAUCGAUUGACAUAUCCCAGCUCGAGACAAAACUUGGCUUUCUCUCUGGACGCAGCGCCUACAAGUUCAACUCCCUGCACAAGAAAUAUGGCAAGAUCGUCCGCUUCGCCCCGAACCAACUCUCCUUCAACACGAUUAAGGGUAUGCGCAAUAUCUACGGCGCAGGGCUUGGGAAGAGUAACACCUUCCUGAAAACAGGCUUCUACAAAGCCAUCUCCCGCCGAAACAUUUUCACAGCCACCGACCCGUACUACCAUGCCACCGUCCGCAAGCUCUUCAGUCCAUCGUUGAGUCCGGGGUGCAUGGCUGCGCACGAACCCGUGAUCAAGGGGUGCAUUGCGCGGUUCCAUGCCCUGGUCAAGCAGAGGAUGCAGAGUCAAAAAGCGAUCAGUCUGAACGAUCUGUACUACUCGCUGUCUGUGGAUAUGGUCUCUGAAGUCCUCCUGGGCAAGUCGCUCGGCUGCAUUGAGCGUGGCCGGCCGUUUUUCUGGACGGAGCAGCUCCCACGCAUCUUCUACUGGGCCACUAUUCGAGACCAGUUCAAGGGGUCUGGAGUCCCCACGUUGAUCAAGUGGAUGCUGCGCCAGAUCCUGCGCAAGGGAAUCCGGCAGAGGAGUGAGGAGGCAAGAAUGCGUCUGAUCAGAGAACAGCUCAAAGCAACCCACACACGCCGCGAUGUAAUGGUUGAAGUCCUGGAGCGUGCCGAUUCAAGCACUCUGCCCGAGGACGAAAUCGCAGAAAACUUCUCUGCCAUCAUGCUGGCUGGGUUCCAUACGACUUCGCACGCCAUUUGCGCCACCAUCUGGCUGGUGCUCUCGCAUCCAGAGACGCGUGAGCGUCUCCAGAACGAGCUGCGCACGGCCUUUCAGUCCACCGAUGAGAUAUCUUUAGACGUCCUCGCCAAACUCCCCUGGUUGAACGCGGUCAUCACGGAGGCACUGAGGGUCUACCCGCCUGUUCCGCUUGGAGGAGCGCGCAUCUCGCCUGGUGCUUAUGUUGACGGGUUUGUUGCCUUUCUGACGGGUCCGCAGGUUGAGGUGUCGACCUCCCUCUACGCCCUGCACCACAACGGCGAGUACUUCAAAAACCCUUACAAAUUUGCCCCUGAGCGCUGGGUCAACCCCGAGUCUACGGAUCGCAAGGAGGCCGUGCAGCCAUUCUUGCUUGGAAGCCGGUCUUGCAUUGCGAAAUACUUCGCCCAGCAAAUGCUCCUUCUCACUUUGGCCUCCUUUUUUGUCGAGUUUGACGGACAGUAUGUCGGCAAGGUGAAGGACUGGACUACUGAGAGCCGCUGCUACGCUUUCUGGGAACUUCCUGAACUGAAGGUUCAGCUCCAGGAGAGGUUCGCAUCCGCUGAAGUUUCAGAGUAA